AUGACGUCGUACUGGGUGGCUUCGAUGUUGAUGCGGUGCUUUAUUAAAUUGGGACCUCCUGGGACAAUUAUAGCCGAUAAUGCGAGGAAUCUCAGUGGCCCAGAGGUCAGGAAGACCUUACAAGAUUUUGGAGUGACAUUGAUGAGAAGUUCGGAGUACUAUCCAAAGGGUAACUCCAUAGCUGAACGACUUCAUCGCACCUUGCAUCAGCUGGCAAGAGCGUUUUCUUCAAGGACGCCUACUGAUAUCCGUCGUGAAGCAGCUAAACUAGUCUAUGUGUAUAAUAGCCGCCCCCAUAAAGCAUUGGGUAACCACAGUCCAUUUAUGGUGUUGUUUGGGCAUGAUCCCUAUAUCAUUGAGUCGGAUCGGUAUGACCUACGCGAAUUAUAUUCUUUAUGGGAUGCAGUGCGUACCCAACAAGCAUGGCAGCAUCGGAACAAUAAGAUCUAUUAUGAUCGACGUAAUCGGGCUCAGGAGAGGAGUGGUGAAGACUACGGUGAAGGUUGUAAAGUACUACUAUAUACUAGAAGAGUUGGGGGUAUCAAUGUAGACAACAAGCUGGCAGAUGUCUGGCAAGCUGGGUGGUGGAUUCUACACUCUCCGUCCGUGCAACACCCCAAUACUGUGAUCAUCACCGAUGGUAAGACCAAGCGUUUGGUUAACCUGCGGUAUGUGAAACCCGAUAAGCUACAGCCCUUAACCGAUGAGAGCAAAGCCCAAAUAGUAGAGAAGAGUACUUAUGAAUCAGUAGCAGCAAGCCUAACUCAUGAAGUUGAUGUUGAAGCAAGUAUAGUUAGUGAUGAAGAGCAGAUAGGAGAUGCUUUAGCCGAUAGAGAAGGCCAGCAGCCGGUAAGAAGGAGUACGAGAGUCAAGCAUCCAGUAAGAAGAUUGAGUAUUGGCCUGGCCAAUACCACAAGCUAUG